AUGGAUAGCCGCAGGAAGUCUGCGGAGGCAACAAAGGAAGGCCAAGGGUCCGACGUGACAGAGAUUCUGCCACACUGGUGGAGGGAGACUUACAUGAAAGAGUCUUACGACCAAGGGGGAGCGUUGUGUUGUGUGGGUGCGACGGCGGUACUUCGCGUAGAGCUCGUAGGGAGUCCAUGUGAGGCCCUCUUGGAUACUGGAGCUUCACGAAGUUUCAUUAGUCCCAAAACAGUCGAACGACUGCAGCUGAAGGUGCGGAUUUUCCCAAGGGAACAUAGGUUCACUGUGGCCACAGGUGCACAACUACGCAUUGACCGGGUUGUAACAGGACUGACCUUGUGGUGUGGGCACGCACGUUUUUCCGGGGACUUUCUAGUGGGACCUGUUCCCUAUGACUUAGUUUUGGGCUUGGUUUGGCUGACGGAACACAAGGUGGCCUGGUAUUUUCAGUCGGACAAGCUCCGAACCUAUGUGAAUGGCCAGUGGUGCGAGUUACCGGUCGUUCGGACUGGCGAAGCAACGCUGCGAGGCGACAGUUCCAUCACAGCCCACCCAAGGACCCCUGCAGAACAAGCGUACGAGAUACUGGCAAAGCAAGUGUCGGGUAUGUCUGCCGAGGAGGCCGCCAUAUUCCUGCGCCCACCUCCAAGGCGGUAUAAACCUCACGCGAAGAAGAAGGCGAAAGCGCGGAUAACGUCGCUCGUUCGUCAAGCAGCUGCGGACACAAAGGAUCUCAAGGCCCCAAUGCACGGUUUGCAUCUCAUCCUGGCUUUGCCCGAAGCCGGUCCGGCAAUGCCCCUACGGCUCGCGGACGAGUGGCAAGGCGUGCUUUGCUGUGCGUUAAUUGGGACUCAACCCGCGUCCUCCAGUUGGCAUAGUCCUUCGGCCAUAACCGUCGCGGGGGCAACGGAGAGUGACGAGGAGUCCCCCUGGCCUCAGGCACAACUCGAGCACACUCUGUUUGACGCAUGGAUACAUUCGACAGAGGCGCAGGAUAUUCUACGGGAGAUAGCACAAGUGUUGCACGAGUACCGAGCAGUAUUUCCCGAUAACUUACCUAAGGGAUUACCGCCGAAACGCCCUCAUGAUCACCAUAUUCUACUUGUGCCUGGAAAACUUCCGGCGAAAUCUGCAAUAUACCGUAUGACCCCAGAUCAGCUCACGUUCCACAAACAGGAGAUAGCUAAGUUGUCGGACAAUGGUUGGAUCGGGCCGACCUACUCGCCUAUUUGUUCACCUACAAUCAUGGUGGACAAACGUGAUGAUGGCUCAGGGGAGCGCAAAAUGCGUAUGGUUGUAAACUAUCAGGCUCUGAAUGCCCUUACGAUAGCCCCUGACUUUCCCUUACCUCCCAUCCUAACCAUUCUCGAGAUGUUAGGAGGCGCCCAGUACUUUUCCACCCUAGACCUAGAAGCAGGUUUCCAUCAAAUACGCAUGGCUAAGGAAGACCGGUGGAAGACAGCUUUCCGGUCAGUUCUUGGACUAUUUGAGUACAGAGUGAUGCCCUUCGGCCUUAAGGGUGCUCCUGCCACGUUCCAGGCCAAUAUUAAUGCCUACCUGCAACCUUUACUGGGACAAGGCGUUAUUGCGUAUCUAGAUGAUGUCCUCAUCUAUAGCUCGGAUCUCUCGGGGCACGUAUCUCUCUUGCGACAAGUCCUCAGCAUUUUCCUUCAACAUCAGUUCUACCAAAAAUUCCGCAAAUGCAAGUUUGCGAGGCAAACGAUUACGUAUUUGGGUUAUACCAUUUCCGCUGCGGGGAUCAAACCUGCAGAAGACAAAAUUGCAGCCAUCCGGCAGUGGCCUGAGGUGCUGGAGAACGAAACGCAGGUGCGUCAGUUCCUCGGUACCAUAAAUUAUUGUCGCAUGUUCAUGGGACCAGACUAUGCCGACGUUGCCCGGCCGCUGGUUGAUCUUACACGUAAGGGCGUCAGUUUCAAAUGGACAGAGCUUCACACGCAAGCGGUGCGGAAGCUCAAACAGCGUUUAAUCGACUACACUACACUACAAGUCCCUGACACCUCGAAACCCUUCGAGUUAUAUACAGAUGCCUCUGGUUACGCACUAGGAGCAGUUCUGGAACAGGACGGCAAACCCAUCGGUUUUCUCAGCCAAGUCAUGAAUCCUACGCAACAGCGAUACUCGAUCUACGAUCAGGAACUCUUGGCGUUGGUCGUGGCACUGGACAAGUGGUCGCACCUGCUCCGGGUAUCCAAGGUAACGGCCUACACUGAUCAUCAAGCUCUCACUCAUCUCCAACGACUCCGUGCAUCGAAGCCUCUGUGCGGACGCACCGCCCGGUGGCUAGACUUUCUUGCGGAGUUACCGGAUUUGCACAUCACGUAUGUUCAAGGAACGCGCAAUCAAGUUGCCGAUGCUCUGUCUCGCCGUCCCGGCCUCUCUCACGCCUGCUCGCACGACACACCAUCGCCACCUCUGAUGCUUGCAGUAGCAAAAGCACGCGAGGCUCCCUGCAGUCGUGGUCGGUCUGCCACCUACAGGGAGCUCGCCGGCCUUCGUUCACGACGACCUCGACGGCGCAGCACACCGCCCGCACCUUCACCCGCGUUGGCAGAACCCUCCCAAGAGGCGGCGAAUCCUACACGCAAAACGCAGACGCCAGCCGCCCCUCCUGAUGUAUGCCAUUGGCCACGCGCUUACUCGCAGUGUCCUGUUUUUAGCGCUCCCUACAAGGCAGCAGCAAACCAACCAGGAGAAGCUCUGCAGCUCGAGUUUCGUAAUCGACAAUUCACCUUUCGCUACGUCGAGCCUUACCUGCAUAU